AUGGUGCUCGAUCUCCGCGUGAAGGCCUAUGUGUGGGCGCCGACGCCCGCUCAGCGCCGUAAUCUGUGUUUAGGAAAAGCUGACGAUUCCUCGACGGGCUCCGUGGCGCCGUCGCACCACUCGAGAAGGAUCGGAGGGCGGUCACGCGCUCCAAGUGCAUGGCCCCUCUUGGAUCAAUGCGAGUUCGAGUCAUGGGAGGAUCUUGAACGAUAUCUGGGGGAGUACUCGAAGCGCACGUACCAGUCCAGUCUGCAGAUCUUCCGUGUUAAAACCAAUAACACAAUCACUACACGCAACAACAAGAUCUGGUCAUCGGGAUCUAAGCAUCCAUUGCUUCCGAAUGAAUGGAAGAACUACGGCAAGACUUUCACGUGCACACAUGGGGGGACGUACAAGUCGCGUGGAAAGGGGAAGAGAAAGAGGAUCCAGUCUCGAACGAUGGAGUGUGAAGCACAGUUUGGGUACGAGUCGUUUGAGCUGAAACUAACUGGGAGUAAUUGGGAGUUUGCUUUUGCUCUUCUUACAGAUAAAUGA